AACAGGUGUUGGAAAGAUAAUAAAGAAAAACACAUAUUCCUGAAUUUACAGCAGUAGGAGCAGCACCUGUCUCCUGUGUGUAUAAGACAAGUAUAAUAUCAAGUUUAAUAUGAAGGUGAAGGUGAAAUAUUCCAAGACACACAAGUUUAUACUGACUUUAGAAGAUGAUACACUUGGCAGCCUGAAGAAUGAAAUACGCAAGUUUGUUGAGAACACCUACCAUCAGAGUGUCAGGGAGCCAUUAACAGUGAGUCUCAAUGGAUCAGAUCCCCUUGUUGGAUCUGAAGAUGUAAGCCUUCAGAGUCUCGGUGUUGUUAAUUGUGAUAUGCUAACAGUGCUAAUCCCCUCAGUUGCUACACAAGCUAAAACAUCUUCACAUGAACAAAAGUUACCUCAAAAGGAAGUUGCAGUUUCUACAUCAGCUUCUCGGUCUGAAAAAAUGGAGAGUAGUAAUAAGGAUACCAGUGAACAGAAAUUGGCAGAAAGGCAAAUUGACCCUAAACUAGACAAUGAAAGAGAGCUCCUCUCAGAAUCAAAAGAUGGACAGCCAACAGCAAAUUUAGAAAAAAUAUUUAACGAGUGCAGUCCUACAUCACCGAGUCAAGCACUCAAUCUUUUGAUUCAUCUGAUCAUGCUGGAAUCAGGGUUUCAUAUGGAGAAUAAUUCAGAGCCACCAGCUGGGUGGAAUGAAAUGGUAGCAACUUUCCGCUACAGUAACAGUUCAUUACCUGACUUCAAGUGUACUCUUGUUCUUGUUACAAUGGGAGAUGUAAAGCAGGUCUUGGCUAGUUUCCCUCAACAGGAAAGUGAGAUCAAUGUCCGCCUGGUUAUUGGGGACUAUGUCAAAGACACCAAAAGUUCACCAAUUAAAGCUAAUAAUCUGGUUCGUGUUGCACAGUUAACUCGCACCCUGCGAGAUCAUCUGCUCCACCCAUUGCAGGUUGCUGCUCAUGAAGCCUUAGGUGUACCAGCCCCAUGGCAUUUAGCUGGACUACCACAUGAGUUGCUAUUAAUGAUUGCUAGUAUGUUGGAUUAUUGCCAGGUCCUCAGAUUAAGAGCAACAUGUCAACGUUUAAAAUACGUCAUGGAUGAUAACAAAUUGUGGGAAAACCUUUUCAAAAGAGACUUCAGUAACCUCUAUAGUGAUACCAAUUAUCGAAAUUUAGUAGAUUGGAAAACUGAGUAUAAAAAAGCAGUGAAUCGAAGAAAAGAAUGGAAGAGGUUGGAAGAUGAAGGACUAGAAUAUGUCAUCCCAGGAGUAUUCCCAUCUUCUCCCUUUAUGCCUGGGCAUCCGCAUCCUAGAGGCCCAAAUCCAUAUCCAGUUCCUCCUCAUCCCCAACCUAAUCCAUUUUAUGACCCAGACAGUCCAUAUUUUUCUGGAGAGAUUCCACAAAUGCCUGGUAUAAUCCCAGAUAUUCCCGACCCCUUUUUUCCUUUGGGUCCAAUUGGCCCAAGGCCUGGCAAUCCCUUCCAGCCUCCUUUCAUGCCUACCCGACCCAGAGCACCAAGAGGCCCAAGAUUUGAUUUUUUCUAAGCUUUUCACUUCACUUUAGCAAUUAUGAUAAGAAAGGUAUUAAUGUUUAAUUUCUCACAAUGUUAGUGAAAAGUAACAUUAUAUCAUUUAUUAAUAUUUAAAUCUUUAUACUGUAUAUGUUUAUGAAAACAUUAAUCAGGGGUAGCUCCAGAAUUUCUAUAUAGGGGUAGCAAUUUGGUUGGAAAGGGGAUUAGGCAGAGGAAUCUUGAAGCUCUCUUAUUUUUAUUUGGAGAUGGAUGGAGUUUAUGGUGGCUUCAGCUUCUUCCUCCUCUGUUGCUACCAAUGAUUACAGUCAAUGUUCAUGUAUACAUAUUCUUCAAUGUGUCGUUUCCAUCAGAGACAACUGAACCCUUUCCAUGGCCAUCAUGUAGAUCAACGUGAUGCCGGGGUCCCUUGUGUAGAUCUCUGUUUUGAGCACAGCUCAUUCAGAUAAGCUGUGAGCAGUAAAUUUUGGCCUAGAUAAGAGAGAAUUCAUACCAUAUAUCUCAAAUAUAUCUCAUCCACAGUAAAUAUAAAAAAUUAUUUUUGAGAAAAUUAAGUGUGGCUUUUUGCUAUAAAGCAUAAUGUGUAUAUAGAGGUUACUUAAAUCCCUAGUUUAGGAAUUAAGGUAAUCUUGAUAUUAGUAGAGGGAUGAAUUUUAGCCUUAGUGAUCUACCUGCAGUUUAUAAGCUGUAAACCUAAUACACAUGUACCAGUAAGUAUCAGUAAUCACUUCCAAAGCCAUUCUGCCUAUUCCUAUACAUCUGUAUAUUGCAUGCUAUAUAUUUUGUUGAUUUAUUAUACAUUGUUUAUAAUGAAUGACAGUAUAUAUUCAUACACUAUUCUUAUUUAGCUAAAUGGAUUGCCAAUAUCUAUUAGGUUUUAAACCCUCCAGGAAAGGGGGAUUAGCAUACAUUAAUCCAAUUAAUUGGAGCUACCCACUUCAGGUGCUAUAUAUGCCCCUUAUGGAUUCAGCACUUCCUAUUAUAAC